GAUCUUUUCUAAUGAUCGAAUCCAUGAUCAUGUCCUCGAAGAAUAGUAGCUAAGCGUGGCGCUAUAACCAUCAUCCAACAAGGCAACUAAUAACUACUUAUUUUACCUUUUUUUUCUUUUUCCUUCAGAAACUCUGGCGAUUAAUCGUUUUUCUGGUUCCCAGAGUUUGUAAACUUGAAGCCAAUCGAUGGCUUCUUUCAUGGCAAAUUUUAGAAUUAUACCUCUUGAUUUUUAUCAAUACAGCAACAACUACAACUACUUUAGUUUUAGCAGUCAUCAAAUUAUCAAACACAGACACAAUUUGUUCAUUUCCACUAGUAACAAUAACAGAACAGUCCAUUACUACAACCAGAAGCAAAAAAGCUCCUCAAUCGCCUGUUCUGCUGCUAAUAAGCCCUCCCCUCCUACUGAUAUCAGUUCUACAGCCAAGAUAAGAAGUGAAGUUCUCUCCCCAUUUCGGUCUGUGCGGAUGUUUUUUUAUCUGGCUUUUAUUGCAAGUGGUGGUCUGGGAGCACUCAUAGCUACCACACAACUGAUAGCUGCACUGGCUAAUCCAGCAAGAGCAGCUGAAGUCCCAGAGAUAUUGAAAGGACUUGGCAUAGACAUUGGAGCAGUAUCUAUCUUUGCAUUCCUGUAUUACAGGGAGAACAAUGCUAAGCAAGCUCAAGUAGCUAGGCUCUCAAGAGAGGAAAGCCUUUCAAAUCUUAAGCUCCGUGUGGAUGACAAAAAGAUUAUUUCCAUCAGUUCUUUGAGAGGUAUUGCUCGCCUUGUGAUCUGUGCUGGCCCAGGAUCUUAUGUCUUGGAGUCAUUUAGACUCAGUGAACCUUUCACUCAGAGUCUCUUGGAUAGAGGAGUGCUUGUGGUGCCGUUUGCUACAGAUGGAAAUUUUCCUAAUUUUGAGUUUGAAGAGAGUGAGGAGAUGAAGGAGAUUACAAGCAAAAGGAAGCGACUCUGGCAGCUGAAUCCUACCUUUGUUUCUGAGUGGUCUAAGUGGCUGGAUGAGCAAAAGAAUAUGGCUGGUGUCUCCCCUGAAUCUCCUGUGUAUUUAUCCCUGCGUCUGGAUGGUCGUGUCCGCGGUAGUGGUGUUGGUUACCCUCCUUGGAAUGCUUUUGUUGCACAGUUGCCACAGGUUAAGGGAAUGUGGUCAGGUCUUCUUGAUGGCAUGGAUGGAAGAGUUCUUUAGAGAGUUGCUUAAUCUUGUUUCUUUUAGGUGCGCUUCUUCUUUUGAGUUGCAGGAUUACUUUCUUAUCAAAAUGUCAGUCUUCUGCAGUUUCUGCAUUAGUUGAAGCUCUUAUAGCUCCUUUCUAGUGGGUUUGAUCAGAUAUUGUUGUUGGCAAUUACCAUUUUUUAGCAGAACAUGCAAUUUCAUGCUCUUUUUCAUAAUUUACUCCCUAAUCUGUUGCUUGGAAACAAAGUAAUUAAUGCUUUUCCUUCUUAGAUUGGA